UAGGUGCGGGUGCAGGGGAACUGUUGGGACCAGGUUGGAGGUGGAGGAUCACGCUGACAGUGGAUAGUGGAUCCAGGCGAACCCCCCGCCUUGUGCAACACACAUCUUCUAUUCUGCGGUAAAGAUGGCGGCGUCAGAGGGGGCGCGCAGCGGCCGCACAACGGCAAAACGAUUCUAACUAGCUUCAAUUUGACCGAAUAUAGCCAACCGGGUGUCUUUUAUUACUACUCGGAUGCCACCCGGAGCAAGGAAUUAGAGGCAGUCGCUGUCACACGCCGGGGUUGGGAUUUUAUUGUUAAAGGCAGGGUGGGUGGGUUUCACUGAUAGCAGCUAACGUUAGCUAACGGGCUAGCUAGGCGAGCUAACACGGGCUAGUUUUACUUUAGCCCACUGAAAGAACGGCGGGGAAGGGAUUGAGGAAGAGUAUUCGGGCCAGGCCGCUCCAGCUUUGGGGGAAUGUGAACCAGACGCGCGCAGGGGGGUUUGCUUGCUUCGUCCUCACGCCAAACUACCGGGAUGGGACAGCAGGUUGGCCGAGUCGGUGAGGGUACAUCGACCGGGCUCCAGCCACCACAGCCCCACGCGCCCCAACCACACCAAGGGAAGGGGAACCGGGGGAGCGGCGUCGGGAGGAGACCCCGGGAACCCGGCAGUAGCACCGGGACACCGCCAGGCAGGACAGCUCCAGUCAAUGUGCCCGAUCCAGGCAUCAAUAUAUUCACGCAGCAUUCAGAAGCUCUGACAGAGGCGGUGCGCUGGAGCUCCAAGGAGAACCUUCUGGGCGCGACCGAGAGCGACCCUAACCUCUUUGUUGCACUUUAUGACUUUGUUGCUAGUGGAGACAACACACUCAGCAUCACCAAAGGUGAGAAGCUGCGUGUGCUGGGCUACAACCAGAAUGGAGAGUGGAGUGAAGUGAGGUCUAAAAACGGUCAGGGAUGGGUUCCCUCCAACUACAUCACACCGGUCAACAGCCUGGAGAAGCAUAGCUGGUACCACGGGCCCGUUUCCCGCAGCGCUGCAGAGUAUCUGCUCUCAUCACUUAUCAAUGGCAGUUUUCUGGUGCGAGAAAGCGAGAGCAGCCCCGGACAGCUGUCCAUAUCUCUGCGCUAUGAGGGCAGAGUGUACCACUACCGGAUCAACACAGCCACGGAUGGAAAGGUGUACGUAACAUCCGAAAGCCGCUUCGCCACUCUGGCCGAGCUGGUCCAUCACCACUCCACUGUACCUGAUGGUCUGGUCACCACGCUGCACUACCCUGCACCCAAAUGUAACAAGCCUACAGUGUACGGUGUGUCACCCAUCCAUGAUAAGUGGGAGAUGGAGCGCACAGACAUCACCAUGAAGCACAAGCUGGGAGGAGGCCAGUAUGGGGAGGUGUAUGUCGGAGUGUGGAAAAAGUACAACCUCACUGUGGCUGUCAAAACACUAAAGGAAGACACCAUGGAAGUAGAGGAGUUUUUGAAAGAGGCAGCAGUUAUGAAAGAGGUUAAACACCCAAACCUCGUUCAGCUGCUGGGUGUGUGUACGUUAGAGCCUCCUUUCUACAUUGUGACCGAGUAUAUGCCACAUGGCAACCUACUGGACUACUUGAGAGAGUGUGAACGCGAUGAGGUGAAUGCUGUUGCGCUGCUAUACAUGGCAACGCAGAUCUCCUCUGCCAUGGAGUAUCUGGAGAAAAAGAACUUUAUACACAGGGAUCUCGCAGCAAGGAACUGCCUGGUCGGUGAAAAUCAUGUCGUGAAGGUUGCCGAUUUCGGCCUGAGCCGGUUGAUGACCGGUGACACCUACACCGCCCACGCUGGGGCCAAGUUCCCCAUCAAAUGGACCGCACCGGAGAGCCUUGCCUACAACACCUUCUCCAUCAAGUCUGAUGUCUGGGCUUUUGGAGUGCUACUUUGGGAAAUUGCCACUUAUGGCAUGUCUCCCUACCCGGGUAUCGAUUUGUCUCAGGUCUACGAUCUCUUGGAGAAAGGCUAUCGCAUGGAGCAACCUGAGGGAUGCCCGCCCAAAGUUUAUGAGCUGAUGAGGGCAUGCUGGCAGUGGAGCCCGUUGGAUCGACCUUCGUUUGCAGAGAUCCACCAAGCCUUCGAAACGAUGUUUCACGGCUCGAGCAUUUCUGAAGAGGUGGCAGAGGAGCUCUGUAAGACAGCAUCCUCUGAUCACAGCGGGCCGCUGCAGUCUUUCAGUCAUGAUAUGCCCCUGUUGCCUUCCAAAUCUCGCCCACUCCACAAGCACACAGAAAACAAGGAAAACAUCGAGGGUGGACUGGACGGCCGCACCGACCACUGCACGCACGGUCACUCAGGUUGGGCGUCAUCUUUGCUCGGAGGGGACGGCCGAUCAGGCACCUCCCCAGCCCUCCCCAGAAAGCAACAGUCAAGAGAUAAAUCUCCCAGCAGCCUUUUAGAGGAUGCACAGGAUGUGGGCACAUUUACACGAGACCGCAAGACUGGCUUCUUUAGCUCAUUUAUCAAAAAGAAAUCUUCCUCGUCACAGUCUUCUCAGCACCAACAGAACCUUCCGAUGCCACCCAAGAGAAGCAGUUCCUUCCGGGAGAUGGAGACACAACCUCACAAAAAGUACGAGCCUACACCCGAUUUCAGUGCUCCUCCUCCCCUGCCCCAGUCAGACAGUUUAGGGGGCUUCUCUGCGUCUCCUUCCCACUCACAUGGGGAACCUAUCCAGGCACAGUCUCGCUGCUGCGGGGCAGCUUUUGGACAGAAACCCUCUGGGGGAGGCUUUGGUUCACAGGUGACAAGUGGUAGCAGUUGGAGUGGGCUGGCUGGCUUUUUUACCCCUAGACUCAUUAAAAAGACCCUGGGGCUACGGACAGGAAAGACAUGCUCCGCAGACGAGGGUGGAAAUAUAGUUGGUGGGCCUAAACCUUUCCCUAGGUCCAAUUCUACCUCGUCAAUGUCAGCUGGGCUGCCUGAUUUGGAGCGCAUGGCUCUGACGUUACCCAGGAACCGCAGUGCUAAACCGCCUCUGGAGAGGACUGCCUCAACAACCUCUCAGCCAGAGAACGGGGCUGCACGACCGUCAGAAACUCUGCUGAGGAGGAUGGAUGAGGGGACUGCACAGAUCAGGGAAAGGCCCAAAGCCAAGCUACUACCCCGGGGCACUGCUGUAGGGGUGAGGGCACCGGGGGUCGGGGGGGAAGUUGGGGAUUCGGACAGCCUGUCCCGAGUCAGGGAGGGUAGAGAGGAGAGUGGAGGACUGGACAGGCAGCAGAGUUGGACAUCUCCCUCCAAGUGCUCGGGCUUGAGCAUGUCAUCAGCUGCAGCAGGUGGGCCGACUCACAACCACAAAGUCCCAGUGCUGAUCUCUCCCACACUGAAGCACAGCCCAGGUGACGUGCACCUGGUCGGGCUAGACUCUCAGGGGAACCGCUUUAAACUGCUGUCUGAGCACCAAGCAGACCGAGACAAGCCACGCCUCGUCAAACCCAAGUGUGCGCCGCCGCCUCCCCCUACUCUGCGCAGUCUGCAACACUCCUACAGCGGCGACGGAGAAGAGCAAGUCGGAGGAAUGCCCGUGGAAGUAAAUGGGGACACAUUAAAAGGUCAAAGGUCAGGGCGAAUGUCAGGAGGAAUGAUGACAGGCAGACCAUCAGUGCCACCACCGCAAGUGCCUCCAGCUUCUUCCUUUUCUUCUUCUUGCUCUGCCACCACAAACACAACGCCCACUAAAAUGGCCAAUGGGGCGACCACCACUGCCCCCUCGCACACAGCACUGUCUGCUGGUUCCAAAGUGGCACUGCGGCGAACUAGGCAGCAAGUGGAGAGGGCGCCCUUGGAGCGGGUUAGCCGCGAGGCCUUGCUGGACUGCGCGGAAUGCCUGAGCAGCGCACUCCACGCCAGCUCCGAAAGCCCCUCCAGCAGCCAGGUUCUGGACGCUGGCCAUCAGCUGCUAGACUACUGCUCAGGUUAUGUGGACUGCAUCCCUCAGAUGAGGAACAAGUUUGCCUUUCGAGAGGCAGUGGGGAAGCUGGAGCUCAGCCUGCAAGAACUGAGAGCCUCGUCGUCAGGAGGUGGGGGGUUGGGUGGCGUGGGGUCCAACACUGUACUGGAUAACCUACACGGCUGUAUUAAAGAGAUUAGUGACGUAGUGCAGAGGUUCUGUUGACAGCUUUCUGGGGACGGAUCGAGACGCACCUCUGCUGUACCUCACACUAUCACUACAAGAAAUAACUUUUUUUUUUUAAUUGUUUACAAAUCAGUUUGAUAAAAUGCCAGUGUGGACACUAAUUUUCCUCUAACCUGUACAUAUUGAGAAAUAAUAUACCAAACUAAAUUCAAGUCGCACCAUAAAACGUUUCACCACAACUUUUUACGUGGCCUUGAUGUAAAGGCGUCCUUGCUGCCUGAAUGUCGAGUGUAUCAGCUGUGUGUAGCCAGCCGACAGAGUAGGUAAAGCUCACUCUGCUUCCCCUCAAUUUAAACUCAAGAAUUGUUUUACAAAUAUGUAAGUGUACCGUUUUCCUCUGUGUCUGGAGAACCAAGUGAUCGUGAGCCAUUUCGGAAAUUACAUUCAUGUGAACUCCUUCGAGGUACGAGGGGUGGUGGGGGGUGUUCUCAUAGGCCAGUUGGACAAGUGUAAAAAGGUUAUAAAUAACACCCACACCUGCUUUGUCCCUUGUGUGGGGUUAAAGUCUGGUUGCUUUUGUUUUGUUUUUUCAAUAGUAACCGUGAAAUUUCCACAUGUCCACCUAAUCAUAAUAAAAGUUUUAGCGAUUGCCUACAAAAGUAAACGUGUGCAUUUCACAGAUAUUCCCCACAGCACUGACACAUAAUGAACGAACACAGAAUUUGUCUUUGCUUCUGUGACUGAUGUCCACACCUUAACGUAGUGCCACAAGAAUGGGGAAUCUCCCCAGCCCCUUAAAGCAUUUCAUUAUUCGUGUCCAGUUAUCCUCGCACGCUGCUUCGUUGUUUUGCACGAUGGAGCUGAAACACGUGGAGUGAGGAAAGAUAGAGCACAGGGUAGCACACGAGCAGGUGAACUGGGACAGUGUUUUUAUAAGUGUCCUUGCGAGUGUGGACAGUGCUGGAUUCCCUGUAGCCUAGUCAUGGCCUCAGUGCCUCAUUCUUCAGUGUAAGAACGCUGCGAAAUGCAGAGACCUACUUCACACUAAUCACACAGUACUGAUCUCUCAACUAACUGCAGUAUGUCUUCAGCACAUGAGCAAUUUGUACAUUAUUUGGUUCACAGAAAAAUGCUUUUUAGAAUGUCUAUGUAUGAACUUGAAUUUUAAAUUAUUGUUGUUUGGGGUUUUUUUAAAGCACAGACCUAUUUUAAAAGAAAAGCUAUGUAAAUAUUUGACUUCUUUCAUAUCCAGCAAUCAAAAGAUUUAUCUGUGGUCACAGCAUAAAAAACAAUGUUUCUGACUGAAGAGAUGUAUUUCAAGGCCCAUCCACCCAGAUCUGAUUAUCUGCUUUAUGAAUGUAUUCUUCUGUUCUCAACCUGGUUCAACUGCGUGUCUCUUUAAUCCCUUAAGGUGCCAUAUUCUUUUUUCCAUUUAACUUACUGGCCCAUACUUUGUUUCGAUCACACUAAAUAAGUCCAGAGAUAUCUGCUCUGUUUUUUGAGCACAAGCAGAAUUGUGUACAGCACAUACACAACUUGUAUUAUUUUCCUUUUUGUUUGUUUCCUUUCUUUGGUUCUCAUAUUUAUGUACACUGGAUACAGCCUCGAUCUCAUUGGUUCAUUGACACAUGCUCUGUACAUGUAAAAUUGUAAACACUGCUGCAAGUCCGUAACACUUUUAAUGCCUUUCAAUGGCAUGUCUUUUUUUUUUGUGGUGCAUUUCAUCCUUUAAUUUUUCUUCUUAUUGUGCGUCAGUAAAAUUGCCCUUUUUUGCCAAACAGGAUGCUUUUAGACGAGCUGAUUUUUGUGCAUUUAAAAUAACAUGAAAUGAAAAAUGCCACCUUUCUUCACAAUUCUUGGUGCCUUUUUGUGAAACAAUUUGUCCACUGCGAGGACUCACAGAAUGUUCAAGUCCCUCAUUAAAACUCAUGCGUAUGUUUCGAUUUCAAUGACAUCGUUAUAAUCCUGUCACUGCACUGCCGGUUUCUGUCAUUUGGAGGUUAACGCCCCGAUGCCAACAUGUGCUGUUUGGCCAUAUUGGAUAUUUGCCAGUUGGUGUCAGCAUUUGUAAUAAAUGCAUUAAAAUUUAGAAGAGAUGUGAGAAACACCCUUCAACCACGUUAUGAAUGUUGAUAUUCUAUAUCUUGUCCACCAGAGGGUGCUCUGCGAAUUUCAUGUUGGCAACACAGCAUAAAUAAAUACAUGAACAGAUUACCCCAAUAAAUGCUAAGGAAAUAUUUUUAGUUCUGUGUGUCUGAAAGAAAGAAUAUUGGAUCAACAAUUGUAUCAGUCGGACUCUAUUUGGAAAAUCUGUAACUAAUGGGGUUUAUUUGUGGCUGUUAGCGCUGUUAGUCCGGUCACACAAAUCUGCCUGAUCUGAUCACACUUCAGUCUAAAACCUUUAGAACUGACUAGCACCAGAUUGGCCUUAGUUCCUCUUUACUUUGUGUGAUACGCCUUUUUAGAUGGUGAAAGAAAAAAUCCUGAAAUCACGCAUUUCUUUUCCAAACAGUUUUAUUUAUUUUAUUUUUUAAGGAUUCAAUUGUUGAUUGUCAGCGAACUGAUUUCGUACCAACUCACAAGCCUGAUCUCAAGACCAAUGCUGUUUAAUAUUUAAGCCUGACCACAACAUUUUUGCUCAUCCUCAGUCCUUUACAUUGACUUUAUUUAUGUUUUUUGACUGCAUUGAUCCUGUAGAUCUGUUUAUUUUGUCUUCUCAUGUCUCCCUGUUGU